GAUCAGGAUUCCAUUUCCGGAGUCCACUCUUAUCGUUAAACAAACGGUUCAAAACCAACCACGUGUCAUCCCCGAGGCAUUAUUAUCCCAUCUAUCCAACGGACCCAAACAAUCUCUCUCGACACUCCCUUCCUCUUUCUACGGAACCCGUUCUUCCAUUCCGACUAGCGACAACGAUUAUCGUGAAUUCCCAAUUCUAACCCCACCAAAACCCCCUAUUUCUCCGUUAAUAUAUAGAACAAGUUGUCUGGGAUUUGGUCUUUUUAUUGAUGGCGGACUCGGACAAUGAAUCGGGGGAACCUAACAACAGCGGAGGCAACGCCCACAGCGAGACGUCGGCGCGUGAACAAGACAGGUUCCUUCCGAUCGCCAACGUGAGCAGGAUCAUGAAAAAGGCGUUGCCGGCGAACGCCAAGAUCUCCAAAGACGCCAAAGAAACUGUCCAGGAAUGCGUUUCCGAGUUCAUCAGUUUCAUCACCGGGGAAGCUUCCGACAAGUGCCAGCGCGAAAAGCGGAAGACCAUUAACGGGGACGAUUUGCUCUGGGCCAUGACGACGCUCGGCUUCGAGGAAUACGUGGAGCCCCUGAAGAUUUAUUUGCAGAAGUAUAGGGAGAUGGAAGGCGAGAAGAGCAACAUGGGAAGGGGAGAAAAGGAUGGCGCCAGCGGUGGUUCAUCCGGCGGGGCAGGUGGAACCGGCGGUGGAGGGGGUUCCGGUGGGGGUGGAGUAGGUCCGGGCGGCGGCGGGUAUAACGGAGGAGGGAUGUACGGAGGGAUGAUGAUGAUGAUGGGUCAUCACCAAGGUCACGUUUACGGCUCGGGUGGGUUUCAUCAUCAGAUGAGCAUGGAGAAACGUGGUGUAUCCGCCGCCGGUAGUGAGGAAGCAAGAGGAGGAUCCGCCGUGAGGUGAAGGUAGAAGAAAAGUGGAUAGUAUGGAGGACGGUUUUAAUGAAGGAAAUUGUUAAUGUUAAUUAAUUGUGUUGAUUGAGUUUCUAUAUUUUAGUUUCCGAGACUGAUUGACUCGAGUUGUUAGGGUA